GUAAAUUGAACUGAAAGGUGAAACAGAAACCAAAGAUGCAAAAUAAAGUUUCUACAUACUGGAGCUCCUUCACUUCUUUUUUGAUGUCUGCAUCUAGAUGCAUAUUAUAUCUAUGACUAAAUAAUGCAUCGAAAAGCCGGAUUCCUCCUCAGUGAAAGGUAAGCAUUUAUGAUUCAUCUAUACGACCUAUUGUGUCUGAGCAAACCUACAGGAAGUCACCUCCACUUCCGGAAUCUUAUCGAAGAAAGGGGAAUAAAGGGUAUACCUCCUGUCCGAGGAUGCACUCGUGGCGCCCUCUGGCACUCGAUUGCAUCCCGGAGUUGGAAGAAAUCACCUCCACUUUGAUCCCCAUCCUCCGUUCAGUGCGGAAAGAUUCUUCUGUGGCGUUCACCCUUUCAGCGGGGGUGUCUACUUUUCGGAUUUUUGUGAUUGGUCAGUUUUCUUCGGACUUCUCGUAGUGGCAUACCUUUGGAAAAUAGUUGGUGAUACUGCAGGGAUUCUUCAGACCGAUUUAUUGCUUACUCAAUUAUGGUGUGCAUUUAAUCGCCCAAACGGAGGAACUGGCUUCUUUGACUAGUUUCAAGACAAGCAAAAUGAACGUGUCGAUACAUUCGUGCUCCGCUGUAAUUUUUGAUGAUCAUUGAACUUGGCUGAAUUUCGACAGCUGGAAUCAAUUUUUCAGAAUGUCAACGCUUCCCGCUCUCGACGAUCUUCAGAGCAAGGCCCGGCUAUCCGGCAACCUUACGUUGGAUUUAAGGCCGCAGCGGCAAACGAGUACACCUCACGUAGUGACUCCAUCUACGACGACACAAGAGCAGGAGUCGCGGUGCUCACAUGGACUGUUCAAGAAUUGCACAACAGUAUUCCAAUGCAGCAGAUUCAAGUCCGAUAUCCCCUCUUACCGCCCUUUGCACAAACAGAUGUCCACCUCAUCCUUACCUUGGCGGCAAUGGUCCGAGCGAAGCCGGUUCUGUGUCCUAUUCGCCUCCGUCGUUCUAUCCACCGUCGCCUUCUGGGCAGGUGUUCUCCUUUGGAAUACCAGGUCACCACCAGACAUCAGCGCUCACCACUUAGGGAACCAUCAGUGGUACAGGGACGCAGUCUUUUACGAAAUCUUCCCUGCUUCAUUUCUAGAUACAGAUUCCGAUGGCUACGGAGACUUCCAGGGCAUCAUCCGCAAACUUGAUUAUAUCCGGGACCUUGGUACGACAGCUAUUCGACUUAACUCUAUAUUCAGUGCUUUGGAUUAUCCGCUGGAAUAUGAGCACAUCAUAGAUCUGCGCAGCGCUGAUCCGCACCUAGGCAGAUUGGCCGACUUCGCGCAGUUAGUGCGUGCUGUUCACAAGAAAGGUCUGAAAAUAGUGCUUGACCUCAAUCCCACAGUCACAAGCGACCAACAUACCUGGGCACUCCACUGGCAAAGAGGCAUACCGGGAUAUGAGCACUUCUACGCUUCUGCCAACAGAUCAAAGGCACCCCCAGAAAUGGAAAAUUCUGAAGGACCUCCCUCAGAAGAAUGGGAACUGACUCAGCGCACAUUCGGUGGACACUACGUGCUCAAUUGGUCCAAUCCUUCUGUCCAGAAAGAAUACGAGAAGGCCCUUGCCCACUGGACAGCAGUGGGAGUGGAUGGAAUCUACAUGAAGCAUCUUGAAAAUAUGCAUGUGCACAACCAUCGCCACAUUCCAAUAAUCCUCAGACAGUGGAGGGAAUUACUCGACAGUUUAACUUUCGGUAAACAACCCCGAACAAUUCUUAUCGUCUCCUCAAAAUUCGCUGAUUAUCUGGUCAAUGAAAUGGGAAUGGACAAAUCGGUCCUGGCCGAUGUGGACUUGCUGGACCAUCCUUUGUUGGUCGGCAGUGGAGAAGAGAUGGGGAAGCAAGUCCAAGGACUAAGGAGUGCUUGGCCUGAGGGCUGGCCCGUUCCCAUGUGGCACCUGGGGAGUUCGGAUACCUUUCGCAUAGCCUCGAGGAUCGAACCUAGGUACCACAUGGCAGCAAUGUACCUGCUGAUGAGCCUGCCUGGAGCGAACUCUGUAUUCUACGGAGACGAAAUAGGCCUCAAAGACAGCUAUGAUGUUUUCAGCGGCAGGGUAUACCGUGGCGGACAACUGACCCCCAUGCAGUGGACAGCGGACAACUCAUCAGGAGGCUUCACUGACAACCUCACCAAUCCCUGGUUGCCCAUCAAUCCCGAACAUUAUACUACCAACGUCCAGAACCAGCAAAGUCGUCUCCGAGAAUUCGUUCGCAUUCUCUCCUUCCGCAAGAACACCCUCAAGAACUACCGAGCUCGCGGUCAGCACGUGGAUGUUCUUGAUCCCAACAUCAUAGUUCUGGAGCGUACUCACCACAAACACAAGUCAAAGAGGAUCAUUUUGGCAGCCAACUUUGGCAACGUAUCAGAAGAAAAAGAAUUCCCUGAAGCAUAUGGCAACGUCAAGGUAAUCAUGACGACAGCGGGACCAACUCGAACCAGAGUGAGGAGUAGAGGCUUCACUCUCAGCCCUGGUGCUGCUUUCGUGGCAGAAGUCACUUUGUUGUAUUAUCCAUCACCGGCCAUUCUCAAUGAUUGACCACUUACUUGAGAAAUCUGCAGCAGUUGGAUUUGAGUAAAGAAGACACUUUAUUGUGAACCCGUUUCCAUUUAAUCUUGAUACAAUCGUGCGCAGUUUUUAAUCAUAAAUUGCUAAAAAUAGAUCUGAUGAAACUCUCUGAUGAACCAUCAACUUAUAACGACCAAUCAUUGCAAUCAGACAUGGAUCUGAUUGUUAUCAAAGUUCUCUUGUAGGCUUUGGUCAGUUUAACAGUGGUACAAUCGAUGGAUUCAUAGCAUCCUUGUCGUUUAAGACUAAUUUGAACGAACUUAAGGAUGAUUAACGUGUCUCUAAUACUUGCUUCAAAUGUGUUAUAUUUGUAUUUGGCCAAAUUGUGUGAAUUGAUUUCUGUGUAAUUGAAUGCACGCAAAAAACCCAACUCCAACUCUAAAAGCAAAGCGAACAAUCACUGAAACAGUUAAAGAAUAACUAGUAUGUAUUGUUCCGAGCAUACAUUGUUUUCAAGAAUUGAAGCAACUCUUAGACUGCAAGUGGAAAAAUUGUCUGAAACUUUCAUGCAUUCAUUUCAAUCUAAUCAUCGUACAAUCUACUCUAAUUUUAACAUCAAACAGUUUGUAUGAAAUUAGAAACAAUCGUCUUAGAUUCUUCAAGAUCAUCCUUUUUUGGUCCAUCGAGACCAACUUUUUCAGAAUUCAAAUAUGAAAGAAAAACAAAUGUAGAAAUUUUUGUUAUUUCCCGAGUUCUGAAAAAUGGAGAGCAUUGCGGUGCGUUUUAUUUAUUUGAGAAGAUUCAAAAUUGGAAUUCUCAAUUUUAUCAUAAUACAGUUUAAAUAAGUACUAAUUGUUUUGGAUUAAUAUAUUAUGCUUUUUCAAAUUGAAUAAUGCAUAUAAAAAUUUGAGUUCAUAAUUUUAAUUUUGCCGUCAAAAGAUGUUGCACAUUACAAAAUGAAAAUCUGUAAUCAUUUCUAAUUUUUAAAUAUCAGAAAAUAUAUAGAAUUACCGAAUAACUCUAUUACUAGAUAUUGCCUAAUAUUGUAUCAAGCAAUUUUUUCAAAAGUAAUUUAAACGUAUGAAAUUGAACCGUGAAAUGCAUUUUUAAUUUACAGAAAUGUUUUUUUUUGUUUUCUCACAAAUUAUUCGCAUUUGCUUAAAACAUUAAAAUCUACAUGAUCCUAGAAGAAGUGUUUUUAAAUUAAAGAAUUUUAAAGUAACUAAAUCUCUUCGCCAUCUUUCAUUUACUGUGAGAUCCAUAAAAUUCUAUUUUUUAUGAAGGUAUAACAAAAAUUCCUGCAUAAAAUGUUCUAUUGUUACGAUUUUAAUUCCAGUUAUCAAAUAAUUUAUUUAAUUGAAUUCUAGUAAUAGAACAAAUUUUAGUCGAACUAAAGAAAACAAUUUAGAGAAACAUUCGUAAUCAAAUGGAUAGAAAUAUCAAAUUUUUUGCCAAUUCUAGAUAAGUUAACAAUUUGAUAAAAGUUACAGUUGCAUCAUUCGACUAUCGUUUUAUUUACUCUAACUCACUUUAUAUAACAUCGCGAUGCGUAUAUUAAUGAUGCAGUGAAAAAUAUGCUCAAAUAUUUCUUUGAACCAUUCAUUCAAGGACUUAAAAUACGAGAUAUUUUACUAAUGAUUCCAAUAUAAAUCGUCAAUACAUUUUUGAAAUAUAUUAUACAUAAAGCCAUUUAAUGCGUUUAAACAAUACUAGGAAAUCUAUAUGUGAUCAGGGCUGUUUAACUGUUAAAAAACAUAAUAUCUUUAACCUCUGUUUCUUAUUAAUCUGUUUAGACAAUAAGAAAAGUCAAUAAUACAACGAAACUAAUAAAUGGAAAAAGAAAUGUCUGCUGAGAUUUAACAUCAAAUCAGAAUGAGUUUUGUGCCAAGCAUAUUCCCUUAUUUUGUUUUCAGUGAGUACAAAAUUGACUUCCCAUAGUAUCUGUCAUCGAAUUUUUUUUAAUGAUUUAGUGAGUGUCUUUUUUUUUUCGAACUUCUUUUAAUCCAAGUUGUUUUGCUAUAAAUUGAGUCUCUAAACGAAAGAAAAAUUAUCCUCUCAUAUCUCAAAUUUUAAAAAAAUUAAAAACGCAAUUUUGUUCACAUUUAUCUUAGCAUUCAUUUUACCAGAGAAUUAAGUAGAAAAAAUGAUGGCAUACUUCCUCAAAUACACAAGGUAAGCUCAAAAAUUAAUAAAUAAAGUGGCACAAAUUAUCAUCAUCAAAAUGAAACAUAAAAUUAGAAAGUCUUUUUGUUCUCAAGUGCGAUAUCCAUGAAAAUAUCAGCAUUAUCUGUUUAAAUCCCUACCAUUAUUUUCCUUGUGGUAAUAUAAUGUCUGUGAAUAUAUAAAAAAGAUAAAUUUAUGAAUACGAAUUUAUUUCUAAGUCAAAGUCAUCAAGAGUAAAGAGAUGACAGUUGCACUAUGACUCGCAGCAAAGCGUUUUUAUUUUCCCCGUCAUCAUUGGUGAAAUAUCCAUUUUGCUAUACAAUAAAAUAUCUACGGAAUUUUAUCAGCUUAUGCAAGAAAGUAAUUUAUACAGAGUGUAUCGAAUUACUCAUGAAUGAUCGUCAAGUGAUAUUGAUCGCGAGAUUCGUAUGGAUGCUAAAUUUUCUCUAUGGAUGAUUUUUGCACAAAAACAUAACUAAAAGGCUACAAACUUGGCAUUUGAAAACAUUUCCAGAGUACACAAACGAUUGUCUAAAACAAAUAUAACAAUCAAAAAGAAAAAGAAAAUAAUUGUAUAAAAGUUUUUCAUACUCUACGCCGAUCAUGUUAGUAAUUAUAUUAUCUGUUCUUUAUUAUUAUUAUGACUUGAAAACUUCUUCGAAAAUGUGCCAAACUUUAACUAAGGGUGCAAACAUAUCUUAACGUUUAUAGCAAAAAUAAAUAUUUCUUUUCCUUCAAACACAGAUGUUUGUAUUAUAUAUUAGUGAAGUUUCCAUAGACUAAUAUUUACUCAGUUAUUCUUAAUUCAAUAAUUUUGAUUUUUCUUACGCAUUGGAGUUAUAUAACCGUUAAAUCAGGAUCUUUUAAAUUCUUAUUUUCAUUAGCACAAGAUAUUGUAAGAUAUUUAUGUGACGUUGUUUAAUAUUCUAGAUAUUGGCCAAUAUCGUAACAAAGUUUUAGUGCAUUUUGUGCCAAUAGUAUUCGCUCAUUUAUGAAUGAAGAAAAUUUUGUAACUCCAUUUUCCAUCCAAAAUAUUUUAUCUCAUCCUCAAAUUUAAAUGAAAUAUAUGGUAAAAUAUAGAAUUUAAUUAUUUCUAUGAGAAAACGCUUAUCUACAAUAAUUAUUUGCUUAUAUUUAAUAAUUUUUUUGAAGAACAAACAGAUGUUCUGAAUCACUCUUGCUUAUAAAUAUCGAGAAUAGAAGAAAGUCAAAGAAGCCCCCAAGUCAAAAUAUUUACGAUUCGAUUAUUCAAAUUCAUUCAUUCAAUCAAUAAUUACAAAUUUAAAGAGUUUUCUUUUAAAAGGAUUCAGAUUAUAGUGUAAAUUUUAUAAAGCUCUUCAAAAUAGAUUCAAAUUUUAUCCUCGCUUGUUCGUUUGAAAUUCAAUUUGUUUUGAUACCUGUACCUUCGUAAACAUUUUUUUUUUCUUCCUUUUUCAAUUUUUUUAAUAAAAUAUACAUAAUAAUAAGGUCAUUGUUGUGAUGUUUCACACUAUAUAAAAUUGAUAUCACAGUAAAUUUUCAAGAAAAAACUUUUUUUUCUAAUAUCAACUUCAUUUAUGUUACUGGUUUUGGAGUCAAAUAAAAUUUCAUGCAUAAGUUAUAUUUUUAAAAAAUUGAAUGCCAUGAAUAGUUAGCUAAAUCAAUAUAUAAACAUUGACUUUAAUUGACUUUUAUGGGGAUAUAAAAGGAUUCUAAAAUGCAAACAAAUAAAAUUCUUAAAAUUGGGAAUUAAUUUUAUAUAUUUCUUGCUUGACGUAAUCGAGGAAAAAAGGAAAUAACCGUAGUAGAAAAAUGCACAUUAUCUUUAAAAAAUCUCUUUUUAAAAGAAAUGAUUUUCUUUUUCAUUACAUGAGUCUCUAAAAUUUUUCUUUUCAUCUAUCGGAUUCAUAUAUAUGCGGUUUUA